AUGCUCGGCGAAAAAUCCCACUACGCGGUGCAGCUUAACCGACUCUUUCUAACGCCGAUCGGUGUUUGGCCGAUCGGUCGAGAUGCGCCUCUGGUUCAGCGUUUGCUUAAGCGCCUGGCGAUAAUCGGCUGUUACUUGCUGAUGAGCUAUCUGCUCGUACCAACGGCCCUGCAUACCUUUCUAGAGGAGCCCGACCCCGCCAUCAAGCUCAAACUCAUCGGACCCAUGAGUUUCCAUCUGAUGGCGAUCGGCAAGUACGUUUCGCUCGUCGGCAGAACUGAGGAGAUUUCCGCUUGCUUCGAACACGUCGAGGAGGACUGGAAGAUGUACAGCGACAAGAAUGCGAAGCCAGAGCUCGAAAUGAUGAAGAGAAACGCGAAGAUUGGGAGAUUUCUCAUUUAUCUCUGCGCUGCCUUCAUGUACGGCGGUGGCUUCUUCUACCACAUGAUAAUGCCCCUGUCAGUUGGCAGACUGGUCACCAAACAAGUCAGGGCUGAACGGUACUUACAGCUUGUGGCAGAAAAUGCCAGCACGGAUAACAUCGACGUUGAGCCUGUACGAGUAUUGUCCUAUCCGAUCUACGGACUACUUGCCAAGCUGGAUUACGUGACCUUGUUGCUGGUUCAAUUCGUGGCUGGUUUCGUCCUUUACACCAUCACGAUUGCGUCUUGUAGUCUGGCAGCAGUAUUCGCCAACCAUGUCUGCGGCCAAUUGGAGAUCGUCAUGUCGCUGUUACGGGACUUCGUGCAUGACAACGAAGAUAAUCCUCGUAUUUACGCCUUAGCCGAUGACGCUGCUACUGUUGAACGUUCCAGGAGUGACAAAUUCGCGGAAAUUGUCCAGCGACAUCUUCGAGCGCUCAACUUCGCAUCGAGAGUGGAGAAAAAUCUGAACGCUAUCUGCUUUGUAGAGUUCAUCGGUUGCACGCUGAAUAUAUGCUUCCUCGAGUAUUACUUUAUCACGGAAUGGGAAAAUCAAAAUACUGUGAGCACGAUGACGUACUGCAUUCUUCUUAUAUCCUUUAUCUUCAAUAUUUUCAUAUUCUGCUACAUCGGUGAACUUCUUACUGAACAGAGUAAAAAGAUAGGCGAGGUAACGUAUGCGAUCAACUGGUACACGUUGUCAGGUAAAAGAGCAGUAGACCUAAUCAUGAUCAUCAUGAUCGCAAGCUGUUAUCCAGCCAGAAUAACGGCUGGGAAAAUGGUGAAUCUAUCUUUGGGAAGCUUUUGUAACGUGAUAAAAACAUCAGCUACCUAUUUGAAUUUACUGAGGACUAUGAUGCUAUAA